UAAACCCUGAUCUUUUGGACAAAUUUUCCUCCUUUUUAAUUCCCGCAAUCCUCAGCUCCUCCGCUGCGUUCCUUUGAGCUCCUCAGCUGCAGCAAAGAUAAUCACUAAGAGGAUCAAAAUUGAUGGCUUGGUAGAUAAUAUGGGUUCUUUGAGAUUUGGUGCUGCUCCUGAGAUUUAUGAGUCGAGAAGAUCCAAGCUUUUGGGGCAAUUUGAUCCAUAUGUUCACAGCUUGUGCUCAUCUCAAUUUGGUGUGGGCUUAUUGGUAUAUAGGAAGAAAAUAGUGAGACUUGAUGCUGAGAGAUUAUUUGGCUUCUCUUUCCAUCAAAGAAAGAAGAAAUCUUUGAAGAUAUUGGUUAUUAAUUCGAAUCCUAAUGGUAGGUUCCAACAGACUUUGGUUGAUGGGUUGGAAGCAAGUGAAGGGUCUCAGUUGAAUAAAGAUUCCGACGAGGCUUUAGUAGGUGAAGGCUUAACUCUGAUGAUGAACCCGAUAACUAAUUCGGUGGAAAUCCAGAGCAAGAGUGAUGCGAAUAAUGUACUGAAGAAGAGUGGAAGGAAAAUAUGGAGUCGAGUCGUUAAUAUGAAUAAAACAGUACAAAGAAGAGGUAAAAAACGAGUUUCUACUAGAAAUAAUCAAUCACUGGAGCGUACAAAAGAUAGUAGUAACCAAAUCAAAGAUGCUCUAUCCACCAUAAGACCUGAAUCUAAUGUCGAGCGCUGCAACUCUAUACUUAGAUUCAUUGAGAGGAUUAAUGACGGCAAGACUAUUGAAUUCUUUAUGUGGAUGAAGGACCACGGGAAGUUGAAUAAGAAUGAUACAGCUUAUAAUCUAGUGUUAAGAGCAUUGGCUAGGAAGGAGCAUUGGAGCAUGGCUAAGUCAGUGCUCCGAGAAAUGGUUUCUGAUUCUGGUUGUGAAUUGACUUCUCAGGUAUUUAAUGCACUGAUUUUUGUAUGUGCUAAAAGGGGGCUUGUUCAGUGGGGUUCUAAGUGGUUUCAUAUGAUGUUAGAAAGAGGAGUGCAGCCUAAUGUAGCCACAAUCGGCAUGCUUAUGGGCCUUUACCAAAGGAAUACUCAUCUCCCACAAGCUGAGUACACAUUCAAUCAAAUGAGGAGCUUCAAUCUAAAAUGCAUCAGCGCUUACUCCUCUAUGAUUACCAUCUGUACUCGUUUGGGAUUGUACAGUAAGUCGGAAGAGGUCAUUAGCUUGAUGGAGGAAGAUGAAGUGCUUCCUAAUUUGGAGAACUGGUUGGUUCGUAUUAAUGCAUACAGCCAGCAAGGGAAGCUAGAGGAGGCAGAAUCAGUAUUGAAGUCCAUGCUCGCAUCGGGAAUAUCCCCUAACAUUAUUGCGUAUAAUACAUUGAUUACCGGGUAUGGAAAGGUGUCCAACACUAUAGCUGCAAAACGAUUAUUUCGAAGUCUACAAAAUGUUGGCUUGGAGCCAGAUGAAACAAGCUACAGGUCCAUGGUUGAGGGCUUUGGUCGGUCUGACAAUUACAAAGAAGCAUUACGAUAUUACACGGUAAUGAAGAAUGUGGGAUUUAAGCCAAACUCUUCCAAUUUCUACACGAUGAUAAACUUGCAAGCGAGGCAUAGUGACCAAAACAGUGCUAUUAAAACUCUCAUGGAUAUGAGGGCAGUUGGAUGCCAGUAUUCAUCAAUUCUAAGUAGCCUUUUGCAAGCAUAUGAGAAGGUUGGAAGAGUACAUGAACUCCCUCUCAUCUUAAAAGCUUCUUUUUAUGAGAAUAUUUUACUUGAUCCGACAUCGUGUUCUAUUUUAGUCAUGGCUUACGUGAAAAACUCCUUGCUGGAAGAAGCUCUACAAGUUCUACAAGAGAAGAAGUGGAAAGAUUCUGAAUUUGAAGGCAAUUUAUACCAUUUAUUAAUAUGUUCCUGUAAAGAGGCAGGUCAAUUUGAGAACGCAGUUAAGAUCUAUGCUCAAAUGCCAAAAUCUGAGAUGAAUCCAAAUCUCCAUAUUACAUGUUCAAUGAUUGAUAUUUAUAGUUCCCUUAACAAGUUUAAUGAUGCUGAAAAUCUAUAUUUGAUGCUGAAAGCCUCUGAAAUAACCUUCGAUAUGAUUGCUUACAGUAUAGUUGUCAGGAUGUACAUUAAAGCCGGAUCUCUGAAAGAUGCAUGUUUGGUGUUAGACGCGAUGGAGAAACAAAAAGAUAUAGUUCCUGAUACAUAUCUUUUCCGUGAUAUGCUCAGGACUUACCAACAAUGUGGCUUGCUUGAAAAAUUGGCGAGUGUCUACUAUCGAGUACUAAGGUCUGGAAUAGUGUGGGAUGAGGCCAUGUACAACUGUGUUAUAAACUGCUGUGGCCAUGCUUUGCCUGUGGAUGAGCUCUCGAAGCUCUUCAACAAGAUGAUCCAAUGUGGUUAUUCUGCUAACACCAUCACUUUCAAUGUCAUGCUUGAUGUUUAUGGGAAAGCCGGUCUUCUCAAAAAAGCUAGGGAGGUAUUUCGAAUGGCACGAAAGCAAGGUUUGCAAGAUGUAAUUUCUUACAAUACCAUUAUAGCAGCAUAUGGAAAUAAUAAGGACUUUAAAAGUAUGAGAUCAGUUGUUAAGCAAAUGCAACAUGAUGGGCUCCCUGUCUCCCUCGAAGCAUACAAUUGUAUGUUACAUGCUUAUGGGAAGGAAGAUUUAUUGGAGGAAUUCAAUGAAGUUUUGCAGAAGAUGAAGGAAGCAAGCUGCCCUUCUGAUCAUUACACCUACAAUAUCAUGAUAAAUAUAUACGGGAAGAAAGGUUGGAUAGAGGAAGUUGCUUGUGUGCUUGGUGAACUGAAAGAGCAAGGCAUGGAACCUGAUUUGUAUAGCUAUAAUUCUUUGAUCAAGGCUUAUGGGAUUGCUGGAAUGGUUGAGGAGGCUGUUACUGUUGUGCAGCAAAUGAGAGUGAAAGGCAUCAAGCCUGAUCGAGUAACCUUUACUAACUUAAUUGCUGCUCUACAGAGGAACGAGAAUUUCCUCGAGGCUGUUAAAUGGUCACUCUGGAUGAAACAGAUGGAAAUGACAAGUUAACUCAAGUGUGCUCAAUAUUUAUGCCACAUUUUGGUAAUAGACGAAAAUUUUCAGUUAUAUAUUCCUCAUGAUCAUGGAUCAAAUGCUAGCAGUGCUUCACCCCAAGAGUACCAAAUUUAUAGGUGAAAUGCUUCGAAGUAUUCAUUGUUGACAAUAACCAUUUUUUGUUCUUGUCAUAUAAUGAAUCUGUCCUUCAUCCUGAGCAAAUAUAUCUUUCUUGUAUCUUUGUAUAACCUGUCUACCCGGUUUGUUUACACACCAGUAUAUUGAAAUCUUAAUUAUACUCCA